GCUCCCGGCUUUCGAUUGGCCGGUGUUGGUGUCCAUCAGCGAGCGCGCCACGCCCGCACGUCGGAUUGUUUCGUGUUGGCGAUGGAGACCGUGGGAUAAUGCAAAGCGGCGAGCGCAGGAGGAUUAUCUCGAAACAUUCAUUGACGGAGGUGUGAUGCUUUAAGAAGAAAUCAUGCCACUUGUUAAGAGGAACAUCGAACCCAGGCACCUGUGCCGCGGCGCUCUGCCGGAGGGCAUCACCAGCGAGCUGGAGUGCGUUACCAACAACACGCUGUCUGCCAUCAUCCGGCAGCUCAGCAUCCUGAGCAAGCAUGCCGAAGAUAUAUUCGGGGAGCUGUUCAAUGAGGCCAAUACCUUCUACCUGCGAGCCAACUCUCUCCAGGACCGCGUGGACCGGCUGGCUGUGAAAGUGACCCAGCUGGACUCCACCGUGGAGGAAGUCUCCCUCCAGGACAUCAACAUGAGGAAAGCUUUCAAGAGCUCCAGGACCCAGGACCAGCAGGCUGUGUCAAAGAACAGCAUUCCCAACCCUGUGGUGGAGAUCUACAACCAGAGCGACAAGCCCCCGCCCCUCAACAUCCUGUCUCCUUACAGAGAUGACAAGAAAGAUGGGCUCAAGUUCUACACGGACCCGUCGUACUUCUUUGACCUCUGGAAGGAGAAGAUGCUGCAAGACACUGAGGACAAGAGGAAGGAGAAGAGGAGGCAGAAGGAGCAGAAGCGCGUAGACGGCUCCAGCACUGGCACCGGCACCUCCCGGGAGGUGAAGAAUGUUCGGAAAGCCCGGAACAGGCGGCAGGAGUGGAAUAUGAUGGCGUACGACAAAGAGCUCAGACCUGACAACAGGCUGUCUCAAAACAUCUACCAGGGCGCGUCUUCAGAGGGAUCUCUUUCCCCAGAUAAUAGGUCUCAUGGGUCGGAUCUCACUGAUUUCUCCUACCCUGCCACUCCGAGCCACUCUGCCCACCUUCACCACCUUCAGCAGCAGCAGCAGGCGGCUAUGGCAGUCCUGGCAGCCUCCUACCUGACCGGGGAGAGCCAGCAGCACCUGAUGAAUGCCAACCAGGUCCUGGAGCACGACUACCGGCCCUCGGCUGCAGGGUACAGACAGGGGACCCUGAGCCGGCCCCAGCAACCCCCUCCUCCCCCCCCUCCCAACCCUGACGGGACCCUCCAUGCAGCCCUGCCACCCCCGCCUGCUGACUACGGCAUGUCAGCGGCUCAGAUGAUGGAAUACUAUGGCACCGCCGGGCCGCCCCCUCCCCCUCCCGCCCCCCUCAUCCCGUCCGCACAGACCGCCUUCGUCAGCCCCAUGCAAGUGCCGGCACCUCCCCCCAGCGGGUACGCCCCGCCUCCUCCCCCGCCUCCCGGACCCAUGGUGGUGGCUCCACCCCCUCCAGGACCACCCCCUCUCCCCCCGCCCAGCUUUACCCAGACCUCCUCCCCCCUGCACGAGGGGAAGAGGCACGAAGCAAGCAGCCAGCAACCCGCCAGCGACGCGCGGAGCGACCUGCUCGCAGCCAUCCGCAUGGGAAUCCAGCUGAAGAAGGGGCAGGAGCAGCGGGAGCAGGAGGCUAAGAGGGAGCCGGUGGGGAACGACGUGGCCACGAUCCUGUCCAGACGAAUCGCCGUGGAGUACAGCGACUCUGACGAUGACUCCGAGUUCGAGGAUAACGAGUGGUCAGACUGAGACCGGAGUAGGAAGGAGCCGCCUGGGAGACCUGCGCUCCCCACUCCUGACAGCCUCGGAGGCCCGGGCGGGAUUACUGCUCUAAACCGCGGUCAAAUCAAUACAACUGAAUAGUAUGAAAAUAGAAAACCCCAUUUAUUAACCAAGCACAAGAUGAAAAAGAUGAUGGUGUUAAAGGAUUAUUCAUUUAAGCAGGUCUCCCCACCCACACCCUCCCACACUAGCUCCAUACAUCUCAGAUGGCAGGUCACCAAGAAAGUAGUUUUUUUUUUUUUUUUUACUAGUGCCAACACACACACCCAAGCCAUCGCCAGCUAAGUAUUGGGCAGUCGAGUGUAGUGGCAGACAGGUAUUUGGAUAUCAGUAUUUCUGCUUUCAUUUAUGAUCUAAAAGUUUCCUCCCCAACCCAGCUACUGUAGAUUGCAUAUGGUUCUUGAAAAUACCCAGGCAUGCAUAUAUCUGUGUAAGGACGCCCUUCUGCAACAAUUGAACAAAGCAGUUCAGUUGCUGUAGUUUCUCUGUACAACACAGAUACACGAUGAAACAGUGCUGAAGGCAAGGCUUCAGCUUUACAAGAUUUCAUUUCUGUUUGAGAAAAAUGUGACAGUUUUCCUUCGCUUUUCUUACUGUAGUUUCACCAUCCGCUUCUGUAAAAGCGGCUUGCCCUGACAAUACAAAAACGUGCAAGAAAUUAGUUCAUUGAGUUAAAUUUGAUUAUAAUGGUGAUUUAUGAUGUAUUUAACACAGUAGAAUUAUAACUGAUAAACAGAAAAAUGCCAUGUUAAAAAACACAUUGAAACAACACCUGGCUUCUGCCAACAUCAGGUAGCACCCCUCUAUCAGUGCUGUAGUAUUAAUUCAAUGUAAUAUUGUCAGGCUGGUCAUGAUUAAUGACAGAGUGCCUGAAAUAUGAAAGAAAGCCAAUACUCACCCUUUAUAGUACAAUCUCCUUCUGUUUUACGGCAAAUCAAAAUCAGUAGUGAAGUGGUACUUGUAUAGCAUUAUAUAGCCACAGAUCAGUCUAAAUCUUACAGGGGCAUUUCAAUAUUUCAGACGUUGGCUGUCUGCAGGAAAUAAACCUCUCCUAAAACUCGCUGAGGGAGAAUAUCCUUUUGGCAAUUAAGUUUCUUUUCUGUUUUAUUUUAUUUGAGAUCAUGCUAGUAAUAACCAGAAGUAAGGUUUGUAUUCCCUUCAUAGUAUGUACAGCUGCAAUUACUGCAGUUUGCAUGGAUUUGGUUUUACUAAAUAAUCACUAAAGUGCAGAAGGUAAACAGCUGUUGUAGUUUGACACAAUGAUACAGUGUUGGCUGAGUGGUGCUGCACCCUGUUCAGAGUAUGUGCUGUAAUGCCUCAGAGCUCUGCGAGAACGUCACCCUGCAGUGCUUGAACUAUAUGUGAAGCCCCAAAGGCAGUUUCAAAUGUACAGCUUUGAGCCGCCUUACUGUAAAGAUUGUACCAACGUAAAUGCAAGUUUAGUCUCACAAACCUAUUCUGUAUUUAGUGUUUGUUUUUAAAUCAAUGUAUCUUUAAAAAAAAAAAAUCAGUUCUUAAAAGCUUUUAACAAAGUCCGAUCAGCGGUUACAUUUAAAAUGGAUUUUGUUUACUCUCGUUAGCUCAAACGGAAGACUUUACAGCUCCUUGCCUCGUCGUGCUGGCUGUUUUUAUGUGAUUAUUUUUCUGACGUAUGUAUAGUUGAUUAUUGAAAAUGUUAUUGUAGAGUUAACGUUUGGGGAGUCUUGAAAUAAAAACGUAAGAGUGGGCUGAAAUGAAAUGUUAGACCUUUGACUUCUGGUGAUUUUUUUUUUUUUUUAAUUUUUUUUUUUUUUUUUAGACACAUUGCAGUCAGUUUCAUUUUUACAGUCUGUUUAUUUUUACACAUUUGAAGCGGUCAUUUAUGUGCAGUAUGAGCUAUCGUCAACAGCGUUCUUGUCUUCAGGUCAAUGUUUGAUUGUAAAACUGGCUCUGAGUCUGUAGAGCUAACUAACAUGAAUAAAUCCCAAAGUAACGUU